UGCGCAUUAAGCGGCGAACUUUUGCUUUGACCAGAGCCCAGACCUAGACCUUUGACCAAAGCGGUGAAAAGUGUGAAAACUUACCAAAAAUUCCUGUAAUAAAAAAAGACACGCUAAAUUAUAAAUAGCUGUGUGUGUGUUUAUUUCAUUGCGUGUGGGUGUGUACACUGCGAAAGCUAACGAGAAAAGUGCAAAACAGACAUUAAAUAUUCCAUAUACAAAAUUCGUGACUGUCCGAAAAUGAAGCCAACCAAGAACUCAACGCUGGAAAUCAUCUCGCCCAAGGUACACGUGGACGAUGAGUUCAUUGAGACGGAUUAUGAAUAUCAAACGUCGCAUGUGAAGCGCACCGCCACGGGCCAAUUACAGGUGCACCCGCGAACGACGUCGCUCAAGAUACGCACAGCUCGAAAUGUGCCCAAGUUGGGAGUCAUGCUCGUUGGCUGGGGUGGCAACAAUGGAUCGACGCUGACCGCCGCCUUGGAGGCGAAUCGCCGCCAGUUGCAGUGGCGUAAGAAGACGGGCGUGCAGCAGGCGAAUUGGUUUGGCUCCAUCACUCAGGCAUCGACGGUCUUCGUCGGAUCGGACGAGACGGGCACUGAUGUCUAUGUGCCCAUGAAGGAGCUGUUGCCCAUGGCAGAGCCGAAUGAUAUUAUUGUCGAUGGCUGGGACAUAAGUGGUAAGCAUUUGGGCGAUGCCAUGCGACGUGCCGAGGUCUUGGAUGUGGCGCUGCAGGAUCAGCUGUACGAGCAGCUCUCCGCCAUGAAGCCACGCCCAUCGAUUUACGAUCCCGAUUUCAUUGCCGCCAAUCAGCUGGAUCGUGCCGAUAAUCUCAUCAAGGGCACCAAGUUCGAACAGUAUGAGCAGGUGCGUCGCGAUAUACGUGACUUCAAGCAGCGCUCCGGCGUGGAGACGGUCAUUGUGCUCUGGACAGCCAACACGGAGCGCUUCAGCGAGGUGCUGCCGGGUCUGAACACCACCAGCCAGGAGCUGCAGUCUUCGCUGAAGGCCAACAAAUCGGAAAUAUCGCCAUCAACGAUCUUUGCCAUGGCCAGCAUUGCCGAAGGCUGCACGUACAUUAAUGGCUCGCCACAGAACACAUUUGUGCCGGGCCUCAUUGAGCUGGCCGAGGAGCAGCGCGUCUUUAUUGCCGGCGACGAUUUCAAGUCGGGCCAGACAAAGAUUAAGUCCGUUUUGGUGGACUUUCUGGUGGGCGCGGGCAUCAAGCCCGUCUCCAUUGUCAGCUACAAUCAUCUGGGCAACAACGAUGGCAAGAAUCUCUCUGCUCCACAGCAGUUCCGCUCGAAGGAGAUUUCCAAGAGCAAUGUGGUCGAUGAUAUGGUCGCAUCGAACAGCGUGCUAUAUAAACCUGACGAGCAUCCGGAUCACGUGGUGGUCAUCAAGUACGUGCCCUAUGUGGGCGACAGCAAGCGUGCUAUGGAUGAGUACACCUCGGAAAUUAUGAUGGGUGGCCACAACACUCUGGUCAUACACAACACGUGCGAGGAUUCGCUGCUGGCCACGCCCCUCAUAUUGGAUUUGGUCAUCCUGGCCGAGCUGAGCGCGCGCAUCCAGCUGCGCAGCGCCGAGAAGGAGCUGGCACCGUGGGUGCCCUUCAAGCCAGUGCUGUCGCUGCUCAGCUACCUGUGCAAGGCACCGCUGGUGCCGACCGGCUCGCAGGUGGUCAACUCCCUCUUCCGGCAACGGGCCGCUAUUGAGAACAUCUUGCGCGGCUGCAUCGGAUUGCCGCCCAUCUCGCAUUUGUCGUUGGAGCAACGGUUUGAUUUUACCAGCAUUACAAAUGAGCCGCCAGUGAAGAAGGCCAAGCUGCUUGGCCAGCCGUGCUCGGUGGAGUCCAACGCCAAGCUGCAUGCCAAUGGACACAGCAAUGGCACCAAGCUGGCCGCCAAUGGCAACGGUCAUUGAGUAGUCUAUAUAUGUACAUAUGUAUAUAUAUCAAUAUAUACAUAUAUAUGCGUC